ACAUUGAACUUGUGAAAGUCAGUUAAUGUAAAGUUGACAACCCCAAACUGGGAAAGAAAACGCUCGAUAGUACAGUAUUCUCGCCCUGCCGAGUAUGAACUAGAUAGCUAGGUGAAGACGUUAAAAGGCAAGCAAAUGCUCUGGAAGAGAAGCUAACCAGAGGUGUGCCACCAUGUCGUGCGGUACCCGGUUGAUGUUCCUCUCACGCUCUGUAGUGCGUUUGAGCCAAAUACAGUGGCAGCUGGUGCCAAGAUGCCACAUGAGCAGCAAAACCACUACACCGCGCUACAAAGCUGUCAUUUUUGACAUGGGGGGUGUGCUGCUGCCGUCACCCUAUCACAAGGCAACAGAAUGGGAGCAGCAGAAUGGCAUUCCAGCAGGCACUAUUGGGCAGGCCAUCAGAACCGGUGGGGAGACUAAUGCUUGGAAGAAGUUCAUGCGUGGGGAGCUGGGUGCUGAAGAAUUUGUAGAGGCGUUCAGCAAGGAGUGCACAGAGAUAGCGGGCUGCCCGGUGCCAGCCAACUCCUUCCUGUCGGCUCUGACGAGCGGCAUCAUGGCCCAGCCCCUCCCUGCCAUGGUGGAGGCAGUGCAGUGUCUGCGUGCAGAGGGCCUAAAGACUGCUGUACUGAGCAACAACUUCUUCCUGCAGGGUGGCGCCACCUACCUGCCACUUGACCGCUCUCUCUUUGAUGUGAUAGUGGAGUCAUGUCUGGAGGGCAUGUGUAAGCCUGACCACAGGAUAUACCACCUGUGUGUGGAGAGACUUGGGGUAUCGCCACAGGAAGCUGUGUUUCUGGAUGACAUCGGAGGCAACGCUAAGGCUGCAGCCCAACUGGGCAUGCAUGCAAUCAAGGUUGUGGACCCUGUAGUGGCAGUGAAGGAGCUGGAAGGAGUGCUGGGAUUCUCCCUAUCAGGGUUCAUUCCUGGGACCCGUGCGGCUAGAGGGGCCAUGCAGCUCUCUGUCACCCAGCUCACACAGUACCUGCGGACAGUCCUCCAGCUCUCUGACAAAGAGCCUGUCAGUGUGCGGCAGUUUAGCCAUGGCCAGUCUAAUCCCACCUACCUGCUGACUGUUGGGGGGCGGCAGCUUGUGCUGAGGAAGAAACCGCCGGGGAAGCUGCUUCCGUCCGCUCACGCUGUGGAGAGGGAGUUCAGAGUUCUUAAGGCCCUGGGCAGCGCGGGAGUCCCUGUACCUGAGGUCAUCACUUUGUGUGAAGAUCCCAGCGUUCUUGGCACUCCUUUCUACCUGAUGGAGUACUGCCCGGGGCGGGUGUUCCUGGACCCCUCUCUGCCAGGACUGAGUGCCGAAGAGCGGCAGGCGGUAUACCAGGCCAUGACCCACGUCCUCUGCCAGAUCCACAAAGUGGACAUUGAGGCUGUGGGGCUGGCGGACUACGGCAAGCCAGGUGAGUAUGUGGCGAGGCAGGUGCACAGGUGGACGCAGCAGUACAGAGCCAGUGAGACACACCCCAUCCCCGCCAUGGAGAGGCUGAUCGAGUGGUUCCCACAGCACCUCCCCCAGCACCAGAGCACCGCCGUGGUACACGGGGACUUCAGGCUGGACAACUUAGUAUUCCACAAGGACAAGCCGGAGGUGGUAGCGGUGCUGGACUGGGAGCUCUCCACAUUGGGGGACCCUCUGUCUGACCUGGCCUCAAGCUGCAUGGCCCACUACCUGCCACCUGACUUCCCCAUCCUGCGAGGGAUCAGUCGGAGUGACCUCCCCUCUCUGGGUAUCCCUUCUGCGGAGGAAAUCUUCAGCAAGUACAGUCGCGCCAUGGGCCUGGAGGGCAUUGCCAACUGGCAGCUCUACAUGGCCUUCUCUUUCUUCAGAGUGGCGGCCAUCCUGCAGGGCGUGUACAAGCGCUCUCUCACAGGACAGGCAAGCUCCGCCAGAGCAGAGAGUGCAGGGCGGUUGGCUGAGCAGAUGGCCAACCUGGCCUGGGACUUCGCCACAAAGGAAGGCUUCCGCAUCUUCAACGAGAUGCCCGGGGGGCCCCAGCAGGGGGGCACGGGGGGCAGUGGCCCCUCUCGCAGCCGGGGAUUCUCUACCUGGUCCGGUCAGAAGCAGGGCAGUCCGCAGUCCACCUGCACCUCCCUCCCAGGCCACCGCCCGUCCUCGAGCGGCCCCACUCAUCCCCCACCAGCCCCCGCAGCCACGGGACUGAUCAUCUCCCCCGCUGGGCUGCCCCCACGGGCCCAGGAGCUCCAGCUCCUGCUGGGGCGGUUCAUCAAGGAGCACGUCCUCCCCGCUGAGCAGCAGCUUCGAGACCACCAGGCGUCCGCACAGCGCUGGACCCCUCACCCCCUCAUGGAGGAGCUGAAGGGCAUGGCCAGGGAGCGGGGCCUGUGGAACCUGUUCAUCCCGUUGGAGACAGACCCAGAGGGCAGGUUUGGCGCUGGCCUGACCAACGUGGAGUAUGCACACCUCUGUGAGCUCAUGGGCCGCUCGCUGUACGCCCCUGAGGUGUUUAAUUGCUCAGCUCCAGACACAGGGAACAUGGAGGUGCUGAUUCGGUAUGGGACCCAGCAGCAGCAGGAGGAGUGGCUCCGCCCUUUGCUGGACGGCAGCAUCCGCUCCUGCUUCGCCAUGACUGAGCCCAAGGUGGCUUCAUCAGAUGCAACCAAUAUAGAGGCCUCAAUCACAGAGGAUAAAGAUUUCUACAUUCUCAAUGGGCACAAGUGGUGGACAUCAGGGGCCCUGGACCCCCGCUGUAAGCUUUGCGUGUUUAUGGGGAAGACGGACCCCACAGCACCCCGACACCGCCAGCAGUCCAUGAUCCUGGUUCCCAUGGACACCCCAGGGGUCAGGGUGGUCCGGCCUCUAUCUGUCUACGGGACAGAGGACGCCCCAGGGGGUCAUGCCGAACUCCUGUUUCAGAAUGUUCGUGUCCCGCGGAGCAAUAUCCUAUUGGGCCCUGGGCGCGGGUUCGAGAUUGCCCAAGGCCGUCUGGGGCCCGGCCGCAUCCAUCACUGCAUGAGGCUAGUGGGCCACGCUGAGAGGGCCCUGGAACUCAUGAAGGAGAGGGUGAAGACACGAGUAGCUUUUGGUAGGCCUCUGGCGGAACAAGGGACUAUCCUUGCCGACAUAGCCCACUCCCGAAUGGAGAUUGAGCAGGCAAGGCUGCUGGUGCUGAAAGCCGCUCACCUCAUGGACACUGUGGGGAACAAGGUGGCUGCCCCUGAAAUUGCCAUGAUUAAAGCUGUUUGCCCAAGUAUGGCUCUGAGGGUCAUUGACCGGGCCAUCCAGGCGUUUGGGGCAGCGGGCCUCAGCAACGACUCACCCCUGGCACUGUUCUACAGCUGGGCCCGUGCUUUGCGGCUGGCAGAUGGGCCGGACGAGGUCCACCGGACUGCCGUGGCCAAGAUGGAGCUGAGGCGGUGAUCUUGAUGCACUACUCCCCAAGGGGAAGCCUGUUAGUCCACCAGUAGUCCCACACAGCCAGGAGACAGAGUGCUGCCACUGACAAAGGGCCUUGUAUGCAGAACCCCCAGCUGCCAAAUUAUGUCAUUACAGUGUAUCCCCAUAGCAUUGCUGUUACACUGUCAUGUUAUCAGAAGCAUUGCACUAACACCAUGUCAGCUGGAACACCUUCAAAUGGACUCUCCGGAGAACCAAACUGUAGAAGAUUUGCCUGCUGCUGCUGUGGCCAACACCUUGGGAAAAUUCUUGAAUUAAAGUAAUGUAUUUCAUUAGAGCACAUGGUUGAUGUUGUGAGAUUCAAACAGGCCAAUGCCUCCUCACACUCCUGGUUAUGGGAAAUGCAGGUUUUAUUUUUUUAUUCGAAUUGAUAAACAAAUACACUAAAUGCACCUCCUCUGGUCUUUAUUAAUCAAAUGACUGUGAGAUGAAUCAGCCUUAA